UAACACUUCUAAUAACCUAAUAACAAAACCCCUAACCCUAAGUGACACCCACUCACGUAGCACCUUCCUCAGUCUCUCCCUCAAUCCCUAACCCCUAUUCUCAGAAUCUCCAUUCUCCUCCAUAGCGCCUCCCUCCCUCAAUCUAUAGAGUCGUAGACCGUGGCAUGUCCCUUCCUCUCUCCUCCAUCCACGACGCCCUUCUCCUGCCCCGCCAUCCUUCUCACGCAAUCCGCAGCGGUGGUGCAUUCUACAUCGCCAAGUCGCGAGUCCCUACCACGGCGCUCUUCUCCGUUGCCAAGAAGACCGCGCCAUCACCAAGCACCUUUUCGUCGUUGUCAACAAACAGCCCUCUCCAUCGCCAAGAACCCCACAAAGUUGGUAGCUGAGAACAGCAUCCACGACCUCUUGAUUCUCGAAGCUUCCGAUCGAAUCGGCGGCAGGAUCCGGCAAGAAAGUAAAGGAUGAGAGAAUCAUGAAGCCGGUGAUGAAGUCCAAGAUAUAAAUAUCUACCUCUUUCACUUUCUUCCUUUUUUGUUUGCUUCGAUUUUUAUUUUUUAUUUUUUUUGGUGACUUGCUUCGAUUGGAUUUGUUCUCAGUUACAUUCUUUUCUUGAGUGAACAUCAAAUUCAUUUUUGAAAUAAUAAUAAUAAAGAUCCAUUACCCAAAAAUCGGCUUAUACCUACAACCUCGGGAUCAGAAUCAGCAGGAUACAAUAACUUUCCCUCAAAUCUCUCCACACUCAAACUACUAAAUCCCCAAAUGACAGACCACCAACAAAAGACCACGUCAAAACCAGUAACAGAAAUACGAAUAACGGCCUGAAAGUAAUUCAAUAUAUACAAGUGACUCAUUUAGUCAUAGGUACGCAAUUUAUUCCACUCUAAUUUGAAUACUCCCACAUAAUUACUUACCUGAGUGUUGGAGUCCCUUUGCAGGUACCAAACACCACCUUUCCAAGAAGAAGACGACGUUCCUCCUUCCUGCUUCAACAAAAAGAAGUUCAAGCAUAAACAGAAUGAGCUAUACCUCGGAUAUCUCUCUUACGCCGGAACAAAUAAUAAUAGUAUUGUGUUAAUGAAAUUUACUUAGCAUUGUUGUUUGGUUUAUUUAUUUAGGAAAAACUACCAUUUGUACCCAUAAAUUUUGCGAACACUGACAAAAAUACCCAUCAAACAAGAAAACUAACGUUGUACCCAUGAAAGCUUUGGAAUUUGGAAGAGUGACUGCUUAAUUGGUUUAUGAACUGAUUUAGCUGUUAGAAAUGCAUGAUUGUCUGAUGGAUUUUGUAUUGUUUUGAUUGUUAAUUUGAAAUCAACUUUGUGUAGCUGAUACUAAAGUGCACCAAAUAGAUGCACAUUUAUGAGAUGCACCUCUAGUCAUCAUUUAAUAUAUUUCUAAGUGACACUUUUAAAUAUGCAGGACAAGUAAUUAAAAGAUGGGAUGAAGGUAUUAGAAACAUGAAUAAAGGUGAAAAUGGUCUUUUCACCAUCCCACUUGAACUAGCUUAUGCUGAAUCCGGUUCUCCUCCAACAAUUCCGUCCAAAGCAACUCUUCAAUUUGAUGUUCAGCUGUUGUCUUGGACUAGUGUGAAGGACAUAUGUAAGGAUGGUGGCUUGUUUAAGAAGAUACUUGUUGAGGGAGAGAAAUGGGAGAACCCUAAAGAUCCUAAUGAAGUUCUAAUUGUUGAGAUUUCUAUCAGAGAUUCACAGAUAUAUAGCUGGAGACCAUAGAAAAAUGAAGUAAAGACUAUUUAUUUACAACAAAGGUUGCAACGCUAAUAUGGAUAAAAUGAGGCAAAGACUACUUGCUGAAAAGUCCGGAUGUUGUUUAAGAAUUAGAUUAGUUUCUUUCUAAUAUAGAAUUGUAACUUUUUAAAUAUUUAUUUUAGAAGUUGAAUUUAUUUUUUUUAAACGUUUUAUUCAUAUUUAAUGAUGUACAUAAUUUUUAUAAAUCAAUGGAAGAUUAAUGUUUUAGUAUUUUUUUUAAAA